CAAAUCACUCUUUGACCAUUGGGCAUCAGUAUCCAGCCUUUCUUUCAGCCAUAACCACAAUCAUUUACAACCAUUUGCUACAAGGCAUAACCAACUCAGCCCGCAUGGGUUGUUAUACAUAAAGAGAAGGACAGCUGGGCCGUCGUUCUUUGACUAUGAAUGAACGUUCCUUUCACUAUCCCGACCCAUAAGAAUUACCAUCUGCAAGCACCUAUUCAGUUUCCUCUCCUACACGCCUCGCCGUUUUUCCAUACAAGCAGAGCAGCAGUAGCCUUAGUGCAGCGUCAGAUUCCAAGUAUACAAUAAGAAUCAGAUUUGGAUCGUGUCUUGCCUAGUCUUUACUCAGACUCUUAUCUGAAUGGCCUUUCCCUCUCAAAAAGAUCGGAGAUAAUGUCGCCCACGCCAAAGAAAGCCUCCCGCUCAGGGGCCGCCAGAAGGCGGCGUGGGAAACGGAAGAUCACCCCGAGAUCGCCCCUGUCUAUCCUGGCCCAGACUCGAAAAAACAGCGCCGUGAAGAAACGUGAUCGCGGCGACGUGGUCAGCAGCAGCAAGACAAAACUUACGGAGCGCAGGAGUAAACCAGGGAGACCAUUCAGACUGAAUCUCCUUCCACUGUCGACCGAGCCAAGAGAAAAGAACUGUUUUAGACGGGAUCCGUCCCCUGCAAACUACCGAUUUGUCCCCAAGGGCGACAUCUACAUUACUCGCAAUUGCCGAAAACUGACAAAGGAGUCUGGCCGAAUUGUCUACGUGGUUUAUGAUGAUAGAGGCAAGAGCACUCUUGGCCUACGUGUUCCGGCCGAUGUUCACACCGCCGUCCUCCAAUUAGCGGACGAAACAGCUCAGUCUCGCGCUCAAGCUGUUCAAGUACGUGAUGAGAAAGAUUAUGCGCAGGCCCGUCAGCUCUUACGCGCCCAGUUUCCUUUAAUGCCUGAGGAGUCACUGGACGCUAUUCUCGAACAUGCCUUUCUGAAGGGCUCUGGCCGCGUGGGCCGGACAUCCAGAUUAUCAGAUGAAGACAAAGCCAAGUUAGCCGUAGAGGCUCAUAUCAGACACACCCAUACCAGCUAUGAAGCACUCCUGAAGGCGGGGAAGACGCGCGGUGAAGCUCGUCAAGCGUCAAAGGAGAUGGUCCGGGCUAUCAGGACCGCAUGGGCAGGUGGCGAUGUAGAGCCAACGGAUUGCCUGACUAUGCGGGAUCGAGUGAUUGUGAUUGAUUGAUUUCUGUGUGGUGAAUAAUUUGGUUCCAAACCAACGACAUUCAAACGAAAGCGAUGCCCUAUUAAUGUUCAUUUCUGGUAUGUUGGAGACAGUACACAGAUUGCAUCAGGGUUAACAUUACAUAUGUGCGAGGCCGCAACACCUCCACGGCUACGGCGUUCUAUUUUGGCUUAUUUGGCAUUGAUGCACAGCGUGAUGACCACAAGCAUUCAUGAUUAGAUUAAGCAUAGAGAUUAGACACUCGAUAUAAU